AUGUCUCGGAGCCCCUCUGCGGAUGACAAGACCUUUCUCCUGGAGUACCGAUGCCACCCGCUGCGGCCAGAGCCCCCCAGCCCGACCUCCCCCCGCAGGAAGCUCAGCUCCACCACGGCCCCUGAUGCCACCUCGCUCUCGGCAUUGGGCUCUCCCACCUCGGCCGAGCCGCGCCGCAUCGUCCUCAGCACGGACAGCCCGGCCGCGCUGAAGGUGGGAACCCAGCAGCUCAUCCCCAAAAGCUUGGCUGUCUCCACCAAGACCAAGAACAACCCCUCCCGGCACCAGAGCUUCGGGGCGGCCGGACCGAUCCAGGAGCCCCUCAGCCCCAAUGGGAAGCGGGUGUCCGUCCCCCGCCUCUCCCUGGCGGCGGAGGGGGAGGGUGAGCCAUUUUCCUGCGACUCCUGUCGGUCACAGAGCUGCGCGAGCCUGGUGUGGAGCUGGCAGGGCUUUGCUGAGCCUGGGGACCUGACUCGUGCCUUGGGAAGCCUGCAUGUCCCCAGCAGAUGCUGGAGGUCCCCGGAGAACCUGGAAAUAGCCGACGUGGCUUUCAGAACCUUUGGGCGGAAGCGGGUGCAGAAGCGUGGCGGCUCCUUCAAGGACAUGAACUCCGUCAGCCAUGAGUCAGACGAGGAUUUGCUGGAGGAAUCCAUCCCAGAAGAGCCGUCCCCGCCGGGUGCCGCUAUCGUGGUGCAGAGCUAUCGCCCGGCGCAGGUGACCUGGAGCCAGCUCCCGGAGGUGCUGGACUCGGGCAUCCUGCAGAAGAUCUCCCCUGAGGAGCGCAAACGGCAGGAGGCAAUGUUUGAGAUCAUCACUUCUGAGUACUCCUACAUGCACAGCCUGAGCAUCCUGGUGGGCAACUUCAUGAGGUCGGAGGAGCUGAAGGAGACCAUGACUCAGACGGAGCACCACCACCUCUUCUCCAACAUCAGCGACAUCCUGACGGUCAGCACGAGCUUCUUUGAAGACUUAGAGAGGCGCCACCAGGAAAACUUCCUAAUUCCUGACAUCAGUGACAUAGUGGAAGAACACGCCUUGAACCACUUCAAUCCUUACAUCAGCUACUGCUCCAACGAAGCCUACCAGCAGAGGACACUUCAGAAGCUGCUAGCCACAAACCCCUUAUUUAAAGAGACCUUGAAACAAAUUGAAAGGAAACCAGAAUGUGGAGGCCUGCCAGUGCUAUCAUUUCUCAUUCUCCCUAUGCAGAGGGUAACGCGGCUUCCCCUGCUCUUAGAUACUGUCUGUCAAAAAACAAAAGCAUGCACUGCAGAGUACGGAGCUGCCACCAGAGCUCUGAAAGCCAUCAGCAAGCUGGUUAAGAACUGCAACGAGAGAGCUCGCGCUAUGGAGAGGACAGAGCAGAUGUACACCCUGCAGAAACAGCUGGAAUUUGGAAAGAAGAAGCCUUUCCCGCUGAUUUCUGCUUCCCGCUGGCUGCUGAAGCGGGGCCGCCGGCAGCAUCCGCUCUGCGGCUGCGCGUGGCUGAGGUGCCAAUCCCGUCUUUGCCGCAGCGAGGAGAGCUACACUGUCAUGAACUACGCCACGCUGGACCAGGUCACGGUGGAGAAGAUCGAGAACAUGGACCCGCCUUCCCCUCCUCCUGCCAAGACAGGCAGCGGUGGCACGGCUCGUGGCGUGGGCGGUGGGCACCUGCUCCGGGUGGUGAUGGAGAAGGACAGUGAGGGUCGGCGGGAGGAGAUUGUGCUGUCGGCAGAGACGCUGAGUGACCGUGCCCGCUGGAUUGCUGCGCUGAUGCACCGAGAAAAGGGAAAAACGGACACCACUCCUAAAGGAGAGCUGAGCCAAGUGGAGAUAACCCGCACCUACCUGGCGAAACAGGCGGACGAGAUCUCCCUGCAGCAGGCGGACGUGGUCCUGGUGCUGGGUGGGGAGGACGGCUGGUGCUGGGGCGAGAGGCUCAGGGACGGCGAGAGGGGCUGGUUUCCCCAGUCCUGCGCCCGGCAGAUCACCAGCCGCACAGCGGUGGAGUGCAACGUCCGCCGGAUGGAGCGGCUGCGGAUAGAGACCGACGUGUAG